GGGGGUGGGGUGGGGGGUAAGGCAAGGUACAUUGCACAAGUUACAUUACCCCCCCCCCAGCUCACCGCUUCCUGCACCACGUGACCGCAGUGACGUCACUCUCCCCAGUCCGCCCCCGGUGUGACAGUCCGUCUCUCAGCUGUUUCUCCCGGAAGCUCCGAUCACUGUGACCCAGGGCCAGCUCUCACCGUCCGGGGCCCCACUCCCUGCCAGGCCCCCGCCCGCUCUCCGUACCGAGCUUCCGCCUGCUGUGCCCGCUCCCGCCGGGUCAAUGAGCCGCUCUGUGCGCCCAGCGCCGGGCCCGGGCCGAUGGACACCAACGACCUGUUCAGCAGCUGCAGGAAGGGAGACCUCUUCAGAGUACGGUGAGUGGGCACUCAAUGAGCAGGCACUCACCUAUACUGGACACUCACUGACAUAUACUGAGCAGGCACUCACCCACCUAUACUAAAUAUGCACUCACCUUUACAGGACACUCACUGAGCACUCACCUAUACUAAGCAUGCAUUCACCUAUAGUGAGCAGGCACUCUCCUUUACAUGGCACUCACUGAGCAUGCACUCUCCCUUUCCCAGAUAGUGUGAGUGCUUGCUGAGCAUGUCCUAACUUUACUCACAUAUACCAUACACUAACCCUUACUGGUCACUCAGUAUGCAUUCACCUAUACUGAGCAUGCACUUUCAUAUACCGAGCACUCACUAAGCAUGCCCUUCCUGUACUAGUAUGCAUUCAUAUACCAAACACUAAGUAACCCUUAUUCUCUGGAUCUGUAUGUCUCACAGAGAUGGGAGACAAUCUCAGUGUGCUGAGAGUGUCCUGUAACAGAGAGAGCAAGCACUCACACUAUCUGGGAAAGGGAGAUAUAUUGUAAAGGGCCUUGACUGAGAGAGGGAUAUUGAGCAGGAGUAGGGAUGCUGUAACUGUCUCUCAUUGAGCUCUCACACUGAGGAGCAAACAAGCAAAAUCCACAGUUAUUCACUGAAGUAAGUGAAUUCAAAGUGAAUCUAACAUUUAAGGUCAAAGUAGCCACAUUGGAAGCAUAGCUGACUUGAAAAAUGUUUCCAGUUUGGCUAUUUGGCCUUAAAAUUUAAAAUCACUUUGAAUUCCCAACAAUUCUCACUUUAGUAAAUAAGCCUGAUAGUCCGGUAGUAAGUAUUGGACAAGGGAACUUGUACGAGCCAUUUAACUGUACAUUCACUCGUAUCUCCUGGGAAAUGAAUGGUGAAAUACAUAGAUAUUUGACAAGUACACACACACACUCAGUGUACUUAUACUGCCACUCAAAGAGACACACACACUAAAUGAGUCUGGAGAUUGGUUAUUGUGAGGAUCACUCACUGGGGAAGGUAACGUAACAUUCACUCCAUCAGGAAAGCAUCAUCUUGUAAGUCACUCACCGAGACCUAUUCAUAACAAUCUCAUACCUUCUGAGAGAAACCGUAAUUUGGUGCUCUGGGACCCACCCAUUGUCAAGGUCAUCCUCUAACUCAGAAUGGGAAACCAUGAGUAUUACACUCACAGAAACCCUGGGCUACAACAACUACCACAACUACUUGGAGAGUGCUCAGACCUGCUGAUGGUUUCUAGGUUAGAUGCUGGAGGAAAAUGCCCCUUAAAGUCAAUUACUUGCCGAGAACCAAUUUAUAAACCUAAAAUGGAGGGGGAGUUUACUUAUCAAAUGUGCCUCUACUGCUUGCUCCAAUUCUAUUAUGAGGGAGACAAGGGGGAGCACAGCACUACCAAAGUAAGCCAUUUUACCCACACCACUUCUAUAAUGAUUAGGGGAGGUAUAGAUAUUAUGUAUUGUAACGUACAUAAAUCAAUCAGGCUUCUCUCCAAAUCUGAACAUUCUCUCAACAUGACUCUCUGCAGUGUGGUUCUUACCCCUGUUAUUGGAGCCAUGUUGAGAUAUAGUAGAACAGUACAGAUGCGGGGCUAAAAAGGUCACGCACAGAGUCCUACUUAAAGGACAACUGUCAUCAAAUUUCACUUCUGAUGUUUUGAAAAGUUUUUUUUGAAAUGUGAUGUUUUUUUAAAUUGUGUGUGUGUGUGUGUGUGUGUGUGUGUAUAUAUAUAUAUAUAUAUAUAUAUAUAUAUAUAUAUAUAUAUAUAUAUAUUUAUUUAUUUUUUUAAGUGUAACUUUUUUAUUUUUUUAAAUCUGGCUUAGUAGCCAUGUUGGGUUGGGCACUACUGUUAUCUGACCAACUGCUGCAGUUUCACACAAAGCAAUCACAGCAAAAGGCAAGUUAGAUUGAGCAGCAGUUGGGCAGGUACCAUACAGUCUGACCCAGCAUGUUUGCUCAACCAGAGUAAUGGGGAAUUGAACAAGAACCAAAAUCAAUAUAUAUAAUUUUAACCCCUUAAGGACCACACUUCUGGAAUAAAAGGGAAUCAUGACAUGUCACACAUGUCAUGUGUCCUUAAGGGGUUAAAUAAAAAUCAUUACUUUUCAUUAAAUGUUAUAAAAUGUAAUACAAAUUUAAGAAAUGAUAUGUGGAAAUUUGACAUGUGUCCUUUAAGACAAGCUCACUGUGACACGCAAUAACUUGUUACCCAUCAAAUUGGAGAGGGAGAGGCGGAUUUUAAAGGUUUCUGACCAGGUAAAACUCAAUUUGUUAUCAAUCUUUGACCUGUACUCACCAAUACUUUGUUAAAGUGAGGGUACACUAUCCUCAAAUUGAAUAAUAAGAUAGGCCGACCCGUUGCAGUGGACUAAUUUUUUUUCAUGCUCUCCAUAAUAAAAGUCUGCUUAGGAUGAUGGGAGUUGUAGACCAUAUGAUUUGCUAUAUAUGAUUUAUUACUCUAAAUAUAUCCCUCCAGUCAUAACUCAUUCCAUGUGUGUUUAUUAAGCAUGUGUCUCUCAAGGGAAUAUUAUGUACACAGUUCAGGUUUUCUUUUUAAAUACAGCUGGCUGAUCUCCAGUUCAUGAUAAAAAUAGAAAGUGCUUUAUCCAGUUUGUAAACACAUUAUCAUUGGGUGAACUGGGGCAGCUCUGUUUUUAAACCCUGUCAUGAACAAGAUUUUUAGGAUGUAGUGACUUGAAAAAUGCUUGGAAAGAUAUGUAUUAACAGUGCCUCGGUUUACAAGUUUGGCACAUGGUAUGUUAUACAGUAGCUUACUGCAAAAGAAAAUAGGAUUGUUUUUCCCAUUUUUUGUCAUUAUCUAAUAUAUGAUCUAUACAUUUAUAUUGCCAUGAAUUGGUAAAAGUACAUUUGAUGUUAAUAUAAAAUGUCAGCAGAGUGUACACAACAUUUUAUCAAAACAGUUUGUGCCUCUUUUAAUGCGUUAAUAGUGCCAAUAUUUUGAACCCAAAGCAACUCUGAAAACAGCAUGUGAAAAAGAUGAAUAUACUAGCACAAAGAUGAAUUAAGGGCAGACCUAUUACUACAGAGGCGCAAGUAAAAAUGCAACAAUAUAGAGGUAUCUACAAAUACAAUGCAUGUCAGCUGAAGGAGGUGUUAAACUUGCUCAUUGCCUCAAGACUUGAUUAAGGCUUUGUGGCGCCAUACAGUUGCCACUCAUUUGAUAUGGAAUGAAAGGCCUUUAUAUAUCCACAAUGUCUGAAAUAAUCUUGAUGGGUGGGGCAAACCAUUUAGUAUGGUUAGUCCAUUCCUGGGGUAAGCAACCUAUGGCACACGUACCAUCCAUUGCACACGAGGUGCAUUUGCACAGUUCUCAAGGCUGCCAGAGCUACAUAGGCUCUGGCCUCUCAGGAGUUCCAGUGGUACUUCAGAUAUCUGCUUUUGCAAAUUGAGCUAUGAUUGCGGGUGAUUACGGACAAUCCACAUACACGCACACAACCCCACACGCAGCCUCUCACAUGCAAUGCCACACACUCCACCAAACGCACAAUGUGACAUAUCAUCCAGACACACAUUUCCACAAGCAGCUCCCAUACACAGCCCACAAUCGACGGUAUCAUACACAAUACCAAAGAUAUACAAUACAACUACCCACAUAGUCACAUACACUCAAAUACAACAAUACAAAACAACUGCAGCACCCAUAAAUAACACACACAAUUUUUUAAUAAAAAAAAUAAAAAAAAAGGAUCAGCACACCAAGGGCCUUCUAGAUUUAGUUUUGGCACUAUACUACUAAUAGGUUGCCUACCUCUGGUAUAUUUACUAAACAAUUGCAAUGAAAAUAAAAUGGGCUGAAGUAGCUAAUAUUGGACUAUUUCUUUCUUUUUUUAUCUUUCAUGUUAUGCUAAGUGCAUCCUUCUGGGUCUACAUGUCCUAGUCGUGUAGGUUGAAUGUCACUUGGUUAUAAGCCUAUGUUGACAACGCAACCUGGCUUUCCAUGUGGUUUAGCCUAACUUGGAGUCUUGCCAGGCUCAUAUCUGCUGUCUGGAGAAAGGGGAUACUGUACAUACCUUGGUGUAUGGGAAAACAUUCUCUUGCUUGGCUUAUGUCACAUCUCUGCAGAGGCAGAGAUUUAUGCAGAGUUUGCAAAUCUAUAUAAUCUGUUAUUUCUGUAUUUGCAGAUACCUUGUGGAGCAGAGAGACGUGGAACUGAAUGUUCGUGACAAAUGGGACAGUACUCCCUUGUAAGUGACACUAAAUAAUUUAGUUUUCUUUGUCCAUAAAAUGUUUAUAGACCUAGCAAAGGCAAAAAAAGUCUAUAAAGGUCAUGACACCUAAAGUUCUAUUUUUUUCAUCUCAAAGUAAUGCAGACCUAGUGACCAAAUUUACUCAGGCCUCUAAAAUGGGCUAAUUGUCUUCUGAACAAUGUAGAGCAAAAUUCCAGAAUAAAAAUGCAUACAAGAAAAAAUAUAAAAACACAUAGUGCAGACCAUCUGAUAUAAUUUAAGUAAGGGGAAUACACUUACAUAUCCUAGAGUCUCUGGGUGACUGAGGCUUCUUGGAGAGGGAACAGAUUCCACACAUAGAUAUCCAAAGUGGCACUUAAAUCUUCUUAAUUCUUUGUAUAGGAAACACAAGCAGGCACAUGACCCCCCUAUGGCACAGUAUAACAAACAUUUUAUUUGCACACAGAUACAAUUAUGCAUGCUUGCAUAAAAGUGGGUAUGCACAGCAGAAAACCCACAUAAAUGCAAAAGGGUUAAAACGCAGAUAAACAGCUAGUGCUUCCUGUAUUCCAAUAACUCUGGUUCCUGACUCCGCCCCUCAUUACGCGUUUCACCCAUCCAUUGCAGGCUUCAUCAGGUUUUCUGCUGUGCAUACCCACUUUUAUGCAAGUAAGCAUAAUUUUAUAUGUUGGCAAAUAAAAUAUUUGUUGUACUGUGUCAUUGGGAGUAUCUGUGCCUGCUUGUGUCUCCUAUAUAGUGCAUUCUUGGUAAGAAGAUUUACGUGCCACUUUGGAUAUCUAUUUGUGGGAUCUCUUCCCUCUCAAAGAAGCCUCAGUUACCCGGAGCCAGGGUUAAGGCUCUGGAACAUGUGAGUGUAUUCAACAGAUGUGUAUUUAAGUGUAUGCCCCUUACUUAAAUUAUAUCAGAUGGUCUGCACUAUGUGUUUAUUAUAUUUUUUUCUUGUAGGCGCAACACUGUUUUCUGGCUUUGGAAUUUAUUCACUGUGUGGGUGAUUGCAAGUGGAGUGGUUAGACACAUAUAUUGGAAUUUGUGCAGAUUUAUUUUAGUGCUGUCCACUUUUUGGUUAUUGUAUUUGGCUUCUGAACAAUGCAUAAUUUGUACAGAAUAUUCUGGCUCAGAAUAGAGCAUUUAUUCUGUUUUCUUUGCUGAAAACACCAUAUUAUUUUUGCCAUUAUUCUCUUCACUGUGCUAUUGGACAGUAUAUGAAAACUGUUGCACUGUACAAGCCUUUCAGCAUGCAAAGCUUAUUGAGAGAAAAUGAAUGUGAAAUAUAGAGAAGAGAGAACAAAUAUCUCAGUCCAGGCACCUGUGAGUAUGGCAUUUUUCAGUUUCAGGUAUCUACAAGGAUUCCGUGAUGCCUCUAGAGAUACAGAGCUCAGGUCAGAAAUGUUACAAUUAGGUGUGCUAUAUUCCACCCUUGUGUGGAUGCAAUACAAAAAUCAUCAUGGUUGGAAGAAAAAUUGUCUACCUGGCCAUUAGCAUUUAGGUAGUAGGGAGGUUAGAAUACAGGGGAUCAUGAGCCAUUGUUGCUAACACCAGCUUCCAGUGAUAUGCUAUUCAGAAACUUUACAAAUGAGUAAAUCAAUGUAUUACUUAAUGUGGUGUUCAUUUAAACAAGUCUUAAAGGGUCGCUAUAAGGACCCAAACCACUUCAGUUGUUGCCUAAGGGAGUUGCAGCCUUUCAUUUUAAAGAUUAUUUUCCUUCGUCUAACGUGCUUGUGUGUGCUGCACAUACAACUUGGAUCGUGUUGUCUCUCCUCCUCCCCAUUAGUGAAAGCCCCCAGAGUGAUUAGUGCUCCCCCUUAUCAACCGAGGUUUGAUGUAAGGGUACAACAUGAACACUUUUUAUUGAGUGACUGUCACCUUUUUAUACCCAAGGGGGACAGCAAAACAAUUGUGUUGCACAAUACAUUUCGCAAUCCUGGUGCCUAACAAUAGGGUUUCCAUGCCCCUAACCAUAAACUGGUGCUUCCACCGGAAAGCCCUCCCCUCGAAGGGUACUCAGUCCAAAAAGCACGUGGAUCGAAUUUGUCUAGGUGAGUAGGCUGGAGGUUAGAUUUUGACCGGGCCACGAGCAUCAUCCGAUCCAGCUUUGAGUCCAGAGCGUUGGGUAGAAAGUCACUGUCACUUUUGAAUUCUGUGCACGAAACUGGUACAUGGUGCUCCCACAAGUCUUGGGUGUUUUUGGAUGCUUCACCACCUCCUUGUUCACUCUUCUAAAUAGUGCCUUGGUUGGUUGUCCUGGGGCCAAGAGCUAUCUUGAGGAAUUUUGAUGAGAUCAUGGUGACCUUGCAAUCCAAUCUACAGUUACAGGUGAUUCUUGGAUAGCUUGUGGUUGGGCACGGCAAGUUUACUGCAGGUCCCUGGGGCUCACAGAGUCACUGGUUAGGUGCCCUUAGCCAGGAAGCACAGUAGGAAGAGAGUUCAUGUGGGUGAUAAUAGUUUCUUCGAAAGUGGUGCCUGGGAGAUAUAUACUAGUCUAUGGUGAUAGGAUAGACUUUGUUUAGGGGGUAUGGGGAGAGUUAAAAUCUCUACAUCCUACAUGUUUUCUUGUCAUAUAGUUCAAUCUUUCUAAUGUGUCUUGUGUUUGCAGUCCUCUUUGCUCAGUGAGAUUUUGAUGCAUACUAAUUUCUUGCCUGCUCUCAAUAUUGCCUUUUCCCCCCGUAUAGAUACUAUGCCUGUCUUUGUGGACAUGAAGAACUUGUCCGUUACCUUUUAGCCAGUGGUAAGAGAAAAAUGUAAUAAAAUAAAACCACAUAAUUUUAUAAGAUGUUUUUUUCCUGUUGUUUAUAUACAAACAUAGCAUACACAUGGGGUUAGAAUUCCAUAACGUAGGGCGGCACCAUAAUAACCAACAUCCUUUUCACAGGUUAUGGAGCAAUCCCUGUGUUCUAGCACUUAUUUGCCCAAAACUGCAGCAAAUCACAAAUUUACAGCUACUGCUAUUAGCCCACUCAUCACUUGCAGAUCCCUGGAGAAACCACUAAUGACGGGCACUUUCCUAGACUAUUGUCUACUGCUGUCCAUAAUUCUCUUCCAUUACCCAUCUUGUUAUUUCAUUAGGGUGUUUUAAAGUCAUCCCGUAAGAACCAUGUCUACUACAGGGUGCUAUAGUCCUGAUGAGCAAUAAUCUGUCAAACUGUUUGAUACUUUUAUUGUGUGCUUGUUAACCUCCCAGUCUUAGUUGCUAUGAUAAGGUGAAAGUUUAUUCUUCCAUAUUAUCAUACCAACUCAUUGGAUCCUAUUCAUUGGUUGAGAGCCAUCAGCAGCUACUCUUCAUUAUUAUUAAAGUGGAAGUUCCACUUUAUUAUUGGAUAUAUUAAUUUUGUUCUUAUUUGAAUGGAAUUAAUUGGCUGACUUUCUGCUCUAGUGAACUCAAUCCAAAUAUGGAAUUGAGUGGCCAGGCUGCAGGUUUGACUUUCUAACAGUGGCACAGCACCAUGGAUUUCUGGCACCAUAAUAACGAAAGAGGGGCCCUUUGCACAGCACCAUGGAUUUCUGGCACCAUAAUAACGAAAGAGGGACCCUUUUAAGACAGUGGUUCCUUACCUUUUUUCACUUGUGUACCUCUUGGCAGCCCAUUUCCAUAAAUUGUACCCUUCGUAUUAGUGAAAUGUUUGAAAUUAAUAUAGUUGCUGUAAUUUAAAAUGUAAACUUUUUCUCUGCGCCAGGCUCCCCUGCCUUUUCUCUGCCCCAGGCGUACACAUACACACAUACUGACACACAUACAAAUACAGACACUGAAAAACACUGGGUGGGACUGUUGGGAGUGAGAGACUUGCUCCUCUACCCAUCCUCCUCAUUCCACGCUGCUGGGUCUGUAUGCUGGGAGGUAGUGACCAGCUCUCAUUUCCUCCCAGCACUCCCUGCAGAUAGGAAUUGGCCUGGUUCCACUGCAGAUCCAGUGCCAAUCUGUCACUUGGGAGGCCAAAUCAAUGUUGUUCAGUGAUUUAAAGGACUGUAUACAACACUUACUAAAUAUGAACCCAGAGAACAGAUGAAAGCCCCCACAUAUCUAUUUGAUACCUGGAUCUCUCUGGUACAAGUAAGGAUUGUGGAGUACUGGCAAAUCAAUUUCAAGAAACUUUCCAACUUGCCAGGAUAGCUGAGCUGAAAUCAUAGCGGACUCUGAGAAACUUCCAAUUUGACUACUUUCACCUAAAGAUGUAUAUUAAUUUAGAAUUUCUCAUAAUUCACACUUUAAUGAAUAAUCCUUUUUUUUGUCUGCAUUAUUGCAACAAUAGAUACAGAUUUUUAUAGAACAAGGUUUUAUUGUGGUAAUUACACUUUCCCUCUCCUGCCUCAGGUGCGAAGUGUGAGGUGAACACAUUUGACGGUGAGCGCUGUUCGUAUGGCGCACUAAAUGACACUAUCCGCAGGGUGCUUAAAGAAUACAAGCAAAUUACAGCAAAGUGCAUGCAGCGUGAUUACUAUGAUGACUUCUUACAAAGGUAUUUCCAUUAUAAAGAUUGUGAAAGCUGAAGGAUUUUUGAGCCAAUGUGUUUUUGGCUUUCCUAAUUGUUUUGUACUUUAGUUACAUGGCAUCUAAAAAUGGAAAAUAGUAUGCCUGUCUUUGGAGCAGUUUGAACUGAAGGCUGCCUGGCUCUCUUUUGAGCAGUGUGUUUAGAGCUUUUAAGGUGCCUGGAGUUUAUAGACCUUUUUGAUACCUGUCUUUGUAGUAGAGCCGUAGGGUGCAUUUUUUUUUUUUUUUGGGGGGGUGUGGACUAGUGUGUUGAGCAUGUUGCAUGCCUGGCUGUCACUGGACCUUUCUAUCAGGGUUGCUGUCUGGGGAAUGGCCCGCCAGGUGCCUGGCUGUCUGCUUUUCAGUGCCAGGGUCUCUUAAGGAAGGUGUGAUGAGCCUAUUGAGUUCCUUAGUGGUAUUAUUGUUAUUUGGUUCUAGAUUACUAGCGGACCAUCCUUCGUGUUGAAUAGGAAACUCAUCUAAUUUAGUUUUCUUUUUUUUUUUCUUUUUUUCUUGCAGACUCCUGGAGCAAGGAUCUUACAGUGACACCAUGUUCAUUGUACACAGGGAGUCCUUUUGUACUCAUCGUUGCAUUCUCAGUGCACGCAGCCCGUAUUUUGCAGAAAUGUUUGAGACCAAGUGGAAGGGCAAGAAGGUUAUUGAACUGAAGCACCCGCUGGUACGGUAUGGAAAAAUAAAUCAACAACCUGCAAAAGCUAUGUUUUGACAAUAUAGUGUAGAUAAACUAGAAACAUAGAAAAACAGUUGGGAGAGAACCAGUCUAUCACAGAUCUGGUUUUCCAAACUGCUUCACAAAAGUGUGAGGGAACAUUUUAAGGUGAUCAAGAAGUAGAUAGUAGAAAUAUAGAUAUAAAUAUGAAAUAAGUAUAUAAACUAUUGGUUCAACCGGUGUCAAAAAGUAACAGUUACCACCCUGAACUUGUAAUAAGAAACCUAAGAAUGUGCAGGAAAAAAUACACCCAAAGCGUACACCGGGAAUAGAUAUAUAAACAAUCCGUGGAUAGUAAAUCUAGUAUAUUCUGGAAUAAAGACAGUAAAUGAGUAAUAUAAAAUUAAUCAAUUAGAAGUACUCCACCCAGGAGUAAUGGGAGUUUGAGCACAGGACUUUUUUUUGUAAGUUAGAUGAGUGUCUGCAGUCCAAGAAAGCAUUGCAUUGUGGGAUUGUAGACCAGUUGGCAGUAUGCAUGUGUACCCUUUCACCAGUAAGUAUUUUUCUUUGUGUGUAUGUCUGUACAUAUUGUAGUUUCUGAUAUUAAUAAAUCUUAGAAUGGAAUAUCUAGUACAUGUUUUGUCUAGGGUGAGAUAAGUCACGGAAUAUCAGUUGGAAAUUAUUUUAACUUCCUGAUAAACUCCCAAUAUACAGUGCAUUUUUCCGCCUAAAUUAUUCAAAUAAUCUGCAAACUGAUUCCAUAAAAGCACACCGUGCAUUUGGUUCCUGCCAUGCAUCCUUUGUUUUUUUGUUUUGUAUUUAUUUUAGUAACCCACUUGUAUUUCUUGCAGAUUAACCCAGCUGCAUUUGGCUCCAUUCUACAGUAUCUUUAUACAGGUAAGUUAUUUCAGGAAGAGCAGGGGCAAACAAUAGCCAUUGGAGUAAAAAUUUAGUUUGUACCUUGAACAAAUAUAUAAUAAACACACCCACGGUGAGAGGAUCUAUGAAUUACAUUUCUCCCUUUAAUGUAAAUUUAUUAAACUAGUCCAAUAAUGGAGAAAAUGAGAACUUACAAUGGUCACUAUGAUGGACAAAUACGGGCAAUAUGUAACUCACUUUCAUUUGCCAGUAAAAUACAAUUUGUCCCAGUUUAUAAAUUGGUACAGAAAACGCAGAAAUAAAUAUUAAAGGACCACUAUAGGCACCCAGACCACUUCAGCUUAAUGAAGUGGUCUGGGUGCCUGGUCCAGCUAGGAUUAACCCUCUUUUCUGUAAACAUAGCAGUUUCAGAGAAACUGCUAUGUUUACCUAUGGGUUAAGCCAGCCUCUAGUGGCUGUCUUAUUGACAGCCGCUAGAGGGCUUCCGCGGAAGACGCCAGCGUCCAUAGGAAAGCAUUGAUAAUUCAGCCGGUGAUUCAGCCGGUGACGGAAGAAGAGGGAGGAGAGCUCCUCGCACGGCGCUGGAGAAAGAGGUAAGUUUAACCCCUUCCACCCCAUAGAGCCCGGCGGGAGGGGGGCCCUGAGGGUGGGGGCACCCUCAGGGCACUAUAGUGCCAGGAAAACGAGUAUGUUUGUUUUCCUGGCACUAUAGUGGUCCUUUAAAAGGAUAGACCCCUAAAGGAUUCUAGCUUGCUAAAAAAACUGUGUGGAAAAAGUGCAGAUUUCUAUUAGAAUUUAUACUUUUAUAAAUUAACCUGUUUCCACCCCCCCCCCGCCUUUCAACCAAACAGGUAAUGUUAUUCCUGGUUUUGUGUGCUCAGUGGCGCUAAACUCAGGAGGUAGCAAUUGCUCAGAACACCUUUAAGUAAGAGUUUGGGAAUAGAAGGGGUGAGAAUAAAUGGGAGUACGCCUUACCUUAUUCAGGGUCUAUGCCUGGUCGAUGGCAUGUUCAAAGGCCCCAUAUUUUGUAUUACGAUUCCUAAGAGUUGAGCACUCUGGCAGUUAUUUUCUAUAUGUUAAAAUAUUGCAAAAUUUUUAAUGGUUGCCUGUCCUGCUUAGUAAUGCAGAAAUAAGCUUCAACUCCUCUCCUGUGACAAAAUGUUUGUAAACGUGGCAUUGGCGUAUAACAUAAGUUGGUCUAUACCUGACUUGAGUGUUCAGUGUUCCUGUAGGGAGGUUGUAGCAGUUGGUAGAUAUGCAACACAUUUGUUUUAAAUAUUUUUAUUGUUUUCACAAUAUAAGUGCAUAUUGCGAACUGGUUCGUAAUAAAGUCAGAGGUUGCCCACGCAGGGGCUUAAGCAGUAAGUUAUAGCAUUCAUUGAGGUGAACGGUCGCCUACGUAGAGGCUUAAAUGUUAGCACAUAGGAAUAGAUGCAGAUUAUCGCCUGCGCAGAGGCGUAAUGAUCAGAACAUAUAGGCGUACUUGAACUUUGCAGGAAUACAUUUCUAAGCAUUACAGCAUAAAAGGUAACAACAUCCUAUAAUGCGUCUAUCUGAGGUAAACUGUAGCUGAUCAUGCAAUACAUGUAAUGUAGUAUAUAGGCAAACUAAUGCAGUGUUAAAAGAAAUAAACUAGGGUGUCUAUAUGUGAGCCUGUUCCUUGAGCGUCUUCUCAGAAUGACAGAGUUAACACAUGAUAUAUGUGACUAGAUGAGCGCGGUCAUUUCUGUGUUAAGAUAUAGGCAUAUUAAUAUACAUCGUAUAAUACAACAUUCUGGCUAUUCAAGUAGGCAUUAAUGUGUGGCGUCAAGCUUUUGCCCGUGGGGGCACUACAACAUCACAUAUCCAUUCUGAAGCUGAUGUGUAUAAGUCACAUCGUAUAGUCUAGUGCUAAAUUAUCAGUAAUUCCUUGCAAAAUUAUGACAGUAACUGAGCAAUCACAUAAUGUAAGCAUAAUGAGGGCUAAAAUGUACAACGUGCAUAUGUUUAACUUAUCCUGAUGUAGAGCCCAGUGCAGCUUUGUAGUAUUUUGACUAACAGCAAUGCCCAGAUUAUGUGCCCCUUAAACGUAUUUGUUAUCUAGUCACGUGAGCCAGAUAAUAAACAUCUUAGUUGUUAUAUGCAGGUGCAUGUGUCGUUUAGGCUAGACCCAUCAGGUUAAGGCUCAAAGGUACACCUCAUAACUUCUAGUAUAACCAUAAUAACUAUAACAGUAUAAGAGCAGAGCUGUUCGUAGUGUUAGUCCGAUAAGGGCCCACCAUGGCAUGGCCGUGGCGCGUCUCCCGGGGCGCCAAGACUCCGUCAGUCUCCCCCCGCGAUAGUUCCAGCCCAGCACCUGAGUCCUCCGCGAUGCUGUGGGCACUCGGGGGCAGAAAUUAUCCGCUGGACCCCCACACCUAGAAUCCGCGGGUCUCCCGUUCCCUGCACCUCCUCAGCACCGCCUCAGACCCAGUGAAGAUUGUGUCCCAUUGUCUCUCCUGGUGCCGGCCUCACACUUGGGACCGGUGCACGCCGCUCCCGGCUACCGGUCUGCCGGGGGGGGCUGCGCAAACCCACCCCACAGGGCUCUCAGCUUCAGGGACACGGCUCUCUGGGGACCUCCCAGACCCAGAGGCCCGGACACUCACUUUUCCUGCAGGCUGGCCGGCAUCGCGUGGGGUCCCUCAGGGGCCCGGCGGCACCGGAGUCCACCCCUGCCUUCCAGGUCGUCUCCCCUCGGUAAGUUAUCUCCUUUGGUGACUCUGCACUCCUCUUUCAAUGGUGCCUUUGAGGGGAAGCCAUUUCAGUAGUUUGGCUCAGCUGCGUCGGAUCCCCAACCUCCUGAGCUUCUGUGUCUUCUCUGUCCCUGCCAGGGUGUUUUCAUCACUAAAAGUAUUUCCCCUCGGUGUAGAUGUCCAGUACAGCUGGCUGGCCGUCUCUUUGCCAUUGCCAGUUUAGGCAGUCGGCAUAGUGUCCACGCGGGGGCUCCCUUCGUGGUACCUGUCGCUGCCAUGUGGCCAGGAUAACCCCCGCCGGCCGGGGGGGGGAGACGGGGCCGUGCCCCGGGCCGAGGGUCUCCCCAUGCCGGGAAUGCUUGCCUUGUAACGGGCUGGUUCUAUGCUGCGCCUGUUAGUGGCAGCCGGUGCUCAGAGGCCGCGUGUAGGCCUGACUCAGUCCUCGCUGCCCGCCCGUCCCGCGGUCAACUUCGUGUAGGCACCGAUUGAAAGUCAGGGUUUUCCCCCUGUCAGGUGCGGCUGGUUUUGCUUGUUUUGUGCGGCUUUUAGUUGUAUUGGUGCUGUUUCAUGCCUUUUGUUGCUGGAGCUCAUGUAGAUGGCGUCCAGUCGGCCCGGCGGCCCGGCCCCGCCCCGAUAUGCAACACAUUUGGACCUCUUUACUCAAUUGUUUCCAAAAGGAAUGCGGGGAAACAUUCCAAAAGUAGAACAUUGACCAUGUAAACCUAAAUAGUUAGCAGAGUUCUUCAUUGGUUUUGUUGGUGACUAUUCCACUUUUAUAGUGUUUCCUUCUGUUUCUGUUGGCAACACGUUUUCUCAAUCUACUUUUACUAAACCUGAAAUUGGCAUCAUAGUUGUACAUUUUAAGGCAUGUUAGCCACAUUUCGAAGUUAGUUGGUGUUAGACCAAAACAGACACACUGAAAGAAUGUUCCAACAUUUGUAGUUCUCUCUAUUCUUGACUAUUCCAUUUUACUCCUUUACAUUACGUUUAAUUCUGAGUGAGCCUGGCUCACAGCCAAUUAUAUAGAGAUCGGUGCUGGGAAGCUGGCAAAGCCCAGCACCAGUCCAUACUAGCAAGGGACAGGCCUGGAGACACUGCCAGAGUCUCCCCAAAACUACCUAAAGACCACAAUUUUUUUGUUUUUGUGAUUGAUUUAAAGGGCUCUGUGCACAUCUUACUUACAGCACUGCACAGAAGUCAUUGGUCAGUGCCUCUUAAAAUGGCCCCAGCUGACUUACAGAAGCCCCAGCUAUCCAUUUAACCCCGCUUACGCCGUCAUCUCUUAAGUAGGCAUUUAAGUACCUAUUUAAAGCGUCACUUGCAGCGCUGUCCGCAACUCAUCAAAAAAAAUUGGCCCCAGCACAUUAAGGGAAACCCCAGUUAUCCAUAGAUACCUGGGGCUAGUGGUGUGAGCAGGGAAUUCACCCUGCUCACACAGCAAUCUUUUAACAGUCUUUUAAAUGCCUAUUUAAAGAACUGUUUGCAGCGCUGGCUUCCAGCUCUGCAAACACUCAUCUAAAAGUAUUGGGCUGCCAAAAAUGCUCCCAGCAGAAAGAGGGGAGCCCAGUUAUCCAUUGAUAGCUGGGGUUCCAUAGUAAAAGCAGGGAUUUAUCCCUGCACACAGCAAAUAUGCAGGGCAUUCUAUUCCUGCCUUCUGGCUUUAAAUCCUGCUUUAUGUAGGAUGGCAGAGAAUGCCACAACUGCAUUUAAGGGUUCAAAAAAAAAAAAAAAAACCACGAAGGAUUAUUAUUAGUCUCUAUUUCCAGAUCUAGUCCACUAGAUGGUGCUAUUACAUACACUGAAUGUUACUGAUCUGACCAGUUUUAUGCUUGUUUAAAGGAGUAGUGCAAGCUCCAUAUCCACUGCAGCACAUUAUAUAUAGUGGUUAUAGUGCACUGGCGCCUUCCUAGGGUAUAUAGUCAAACAGUCAGUGAAAGGUUCUUAAAUUGGGGCCGGUUGGGUGACAGUCACCUCCUACAGUGGAAUGCAAGUCCUGCUGUGAUGUGCCAGCCCAUUGGCUGAGAGCAUUCGUUGAGCACUUUCCAGCUAAUGAGCUAAGCACUGCACUACCUCGCUUAGUCAAGUGUUGCAGAAGAAAAGGCGAAUGGUGGACCCCAGGUAAGUAGUCAAACCAUUUGAAAAUGGUUUGACUACUUACACAUGUGAGCACCAGAGCUCUCAUGGCACCAUAACUACUACAGUGGGCUGUUGAGCUCAUUGUGUUUGAAAUGUUCCUUUAAGUUAUUGAUUUUAAUUUCUAUCUUAAUUGCCUAUAUGCUAUAACAACUGUUUGAUACAUUUAUAUUUGUAACAUGUUCCAAUAUAAUCCCAGGUUGUUACGUCUGUUUACUGUAAUUAAAGUACAAUUGUUUUCUAAAUAUAAUCUGUGACUUGACCCAGUCUAGAUGCUGUACACCUUCCCUCUUAAUCCAUGUAGAGGGGGGAGCAAAGGAGGGGAGUAAUGCCACACGCACCACAGCUUUCCUUGUUGCCCACUAUGCCAUAAUGAAAAUAUGGCAUUUAGGUAUGCAAACCCAUGCGUAUGCUUACAGUUGUUACACUAGCUGUAGCUUUGUAUCACAGGGCUGAUUAUUAAGUUUAGCUCAUCCUAUUUAUUUGGCUGCCGUUUAUUUUUUUUAUGACCAUGCCUUCUCUUCCUGUCUAGGCCGUAUGGACAUUGACGUCGAGCACGUAGAGGACUGUAAGAGACUGGCAAAACAGUGCCAGCUGCAAGAUCUCAUUGAUGAGCUAGAAGAAAAGUGUAAAAAGGUGUAUGAGUUUGGUAUGUUCACGUUUGCAAAGAAUUUGUUAUAAAUUACUAAAUAUGUCAGUUUAAAAUUUUUAAAGGAAUACUAUAGUGUCAGGAAUACAAACAUGUGUAUCUAAAAUAAAUAUUUAGGCCCCUGGCCCCCCUUACAUCUGCUUAAAAAAGGUAAUUUUAUCCACCCACACCUUCCUGGCAUAUGUGAUUUGGUCAGCCUUGCUCUGUUUCUAGCUGCCUUAUGUGAAUUCUGUGCAAAAGGUAUAUCCGUCAGCAUGUAGGCAACAGACUUGAUGAACUUCUUUUGUGCAGGCAGCGCUGGGAGUGAGCAACUUUAAGGAAACCUAUCCAAAAUUCUCCAACUCGUCCAUUUUUCUAGUCCAGCUAGUUUGUAAUAAAGUUUUUUUUAAAGUCUGUGUUCAAAUAUCAACAGUUCCUGGCUUGGUAAAUAACAAUGGAAAAUCUGUAAAACCCAUGUUUGAGCCUUUUUUGUCUUCUAACGCAGGGAGGGACUUGGUAAAUGUAUAACCAACAGCAUAGCAGCAAUAGGCUAGAGCCAGGUUGAAUAGGUAGCCAAUGGGUUAAAGUAUAAUGUGUGUGUUCAUAUCGCAGUAUCCUCCAAGCCUGGAACAUGUGUAAAAGUUCUGACGGUGGAACCGACUGGAAACUGUCGCUUGCAGGAUGAUCUAGCUAUGUUAGCUGACUGUGCCAUGCCUUCUGAGCUUAGGGUAAGCCUUUUGAGCUUUGUCUAUUACAGUGGAAUUGUACAAAUUUGAAACUAUAUUGGGUACCCAAUUCCAUCGGUUCAUAUGUUUUUGGUCCUUUUCAAAUAUUGAUCAUUCUAAGCAUUUCCCUAAAUGCACCCACAUACUUCCUUGCCAUUUGUUUUCUAUAAAUUAUAGAGAGAGAGACACUUUCAUUGGUUUAUUGCCACGCAAAGAGAUUAGCUAGAAAUUAUCCGUAAAUAACUAACAUUUCUUUAAAUUAAACUUUUUCUGUUUUUUUUUAAUGAAAUACAUUUAAAAGUUUUUUAUUCCUCCUAGUUAUCCGUGGAAUUUUUACAUAUUUUUUUUUCUCAAUGAGACGUUAAUGUUUUCAUGCAUUAACUUAUGCUGUCUGCACACACCUCCAUUCUGAAGUGAUUUAUUGCCUCUCUCUAAAUAUAAAUGUUCACUUUAUAGCAAUCCAGCAUCCUCUCGACUUUGACAAAUCCAGCUGUACAUAUGCAUUUCCAAAAGUAUCCUAAUCCAAAUGCUGACCGAAAUAUAUUGCUAUAUCAGUUUUACUGUAAAAAUCAAGCACAAAUAACUUAAAGAAAAUCACUUAUAUCGAUAAAAAUAGUGAAGUAUAUCAAAUCCUCGUAUUCUAUGAUAAAGAUAAAUAAUUCUGCUCACGCUAAAGGGAGUUUAUGUAUACAUCUUUCAAUCUUGAACUCUUUAUCAGUUUUUGGAUGAUACAAUCUGUUUUGCGUUUCUACAUACAGGACAACAGGUCUCAGAAAUAUAUGAAAGAUUGAAAAUGACUGUAGAUAUUAAACAUUUUAAAGUAUUUAUAAUUGCACCAAAUGAAAAUGUAAUGUAUGGAUAUCCAAUACAUUUCAGCACAGACAGAAGGGAGGAGUUGUAUGAAGGCGAAAUAAUGAACAUUUUUAUUGUUUUAAAGGCCUGUCUUUUUAAGGGCUCCAGCUGUGUUUUCAUAUUAAAGAUAGUAUCUUCUCUAUAGGCAUCCUGUUAUAUAUGUAAUAGUGAUCCACUAGACUUGUGAUGGUGUAGAUUUGACAUGGGAAUGGCAAGGGAAUAGGCAGAGUUGGAGCCCCCCUUUGUUAUUAUAAAUUUUUUCUAAAUCACUUGUAGGCAUUGCUUUAAUACCCCUAGAUAUCUGUCUUUUAGUUGGAAGACACAACAGAGAGUAGUUGGAGGUAUUUGUUUGAUAGGCGUUUGCUUGCUCAAACCUUUUGAGGGCAUGCACCUGGUCAGAUUUUAAGCAUCACCCUUUGAGAGUAAGUAGUCGAAAUCCCUGAACAAUUAAUUAGCACUGCGCUCCACAUGUUCUAAAAUUGCAUCCUCUUAGUGUGUCCUAGAGGACAUUUGUUGAAAAACACUGAAUUCCUAAAACUGUUCUUUGUAAUUGCUCUCAAAGGUAUUUUGCAUAAACCUGAGCUACAUACGGCUUUGCUGACUAUUUUUCAGCUUACUGUGUCUAAGAAUAAAAAGAAAAGACACAACAUAAAGGCACAUAUGACAAUUGCUACUAUAUGAAAUAAAAAUUAUGGGGCAUGUAAAAUCUCAAUGCUAGCUGUGGAAUUUUUAUUACGUCUGUAUAUAUGGUGUGUGUGUGCGAAAAUAAAAUAAAACUUAGAGAGAUUAUAUAUAUAUAUAUAUAUAUAUUAUAAAAUAUAUAUAUAUAUAUAUAAAAAAAUAAAAUAAAACUUAGAGAGAUUAUAUAUAUAUAUAUAUAUAUAUAUAUAUAUAUAUAUAUAUAUAUAUAUAUAUAUAUAUAUAUAUAAUCUCUCUAAGUUUUAUUUUAUUUUCGAACACACACACCAUAUAUACAGACGUAAUAAAAAUUCAACAGCUAGCAUUGAGAUUUUACAUGUAUAUAAUCUCACACUGUAUAUCGUACUGUAUGAAAAAAGGGAUCAUUUGAAUGCUAUCAAUGUUCAGAGUUUCUGAAUUUCCUAGUUAUUUCCAAGUAAGUGAGAAGAGUUCUUUUAAUGUCCAGAGAGUGGAAUUUUUUUUUCUUUUCAUUUUGUGCAUUUGGACAAAUGGUAGCCAAGAUUUCUUAGACAAUGUUGUUCAUUAAAGCUAUUUUAGUAUGAAAGGAAGGGUGUAGCUUUAACACCACCUUAUCCAAAUGGAACGUGUGAUAAGAUGGGUGAGCAGAUAGAGAUUGCAGUUCCCCUAGACGCUAAGCUAAUUUAAUAGCAAUCAGAAAUACGAUCUUCCAUGGGCUGCAUGUGGCGCACAAUGAUUAUUUUUGUGGCCCACCUGCCCUGUGACCUUGUUGUCUUGUGGUUGCAACAGAUUCUUGUCCUUCCUCCAACUGCCUAUCUCAUGCUUCCGCGGCUGCAAGAGCGCAAAGUUGCUGUCUGUCUGCAGAGUAGGCCAACCACUACCCCUUCCCUCCUGCUCACAGUGCCAGAGGAGUGUCUGGCGUGCUUGAGCAUAGAAGAGCAGGGCUGGAACUGGAGGACGGGCGGCUCAUCUUAAGGAAGAGUGGCUUGGGGGACCUUCUUGUGUAGUGUGAUAAUUUGAGGGGGGGGAGGGCAGUGUUUUAAUUCGGGUGAAGGAGGGGGGCAGUGUAUUAGAGUGGUGGGACUUGGGGCAGUGUGUUACAGUGGGAGGAGGGCAGUGUAUUAGAUUGGGUGGGGAGAGGACAAUGUAUUGGAUUUGUGGGCAGUGUAUUGUAAUUGGGGGAAGUGGGCAUUGUAUUAGAUUGGGUCUACAUGAAGGCGCUGAACGUUUCCCAUGGAAAUGCUGAUUGGCCUUGCAGCUUUUUGCCACACAUGCACAAUAGCCUCCCAAUGCUUUUUUAAGGUAAAGCAGUGGAUUGGCUGAGAUAAUCAAGUGAAGAACACCCUCAUAAAGAUCAACAAGAUAACACAAUUUUUGUAAACAUUUUUUUACAGCUGUGCAACAGCAUACAUUCACCAUUACAGUCCCAUUACCAAACUUUUCUUAAUAUCAAGGUAGUUGGACUGAAACAUUGGUUAUAUGCAAAUGCACGUCUCCUUAAAAUAAAUUCACUCUCUUGUUUACUUUGAAGCCCUACCAGCAUGAGGACAUCCUGUGUCAGUUAGGCAACUUUUUGUAUACUGUACUUUUCUAAAUAAACCUACGUUUCUAUGAAAAGUGAAGUUUUUGUUUUUUUGCGGCCCACAUAAACUUAAACCUUGUUUAUUUGGCCCAUUUUAGCCUUUGAGUAUGAUAUGCUUGAUGUAAGGCAUAGGAGCUGUAUCUUGACAGCAAAGCAACAGUAAAAAAAGUAAAACAUGUUUUCCAAAUUCAGGGGUUUAUUUUACCAGUUGAUUCUUUUUUGGCUGAAAUCCAAAUAUAUAUGACCUCAGGACUUAAGCCUUUGUUCAGAGACCAUGGUGUGCGUGAAUGUUUUCAGUUUCUUCAGAUUCACUAGGCCGUAUUCUAAGAUGUGUUCUGACAAAGAACGGCACCAGAAUGUCCGUUUAAAUAGUUGAAGAAAAAAACAACUUCUCCUUUGCCAAUCAGGUAUUAUUGCGAUUACUUUUUGCCUUCUCACAGAUUUUCUUUAGAACUCUUGAAAUUAAGGGAUUUGGAGAGAAUACAUAUGCCAGUUGAAAAUCCCAAGGAGUUGAUAAAGCAUCUGAAAUCUGGAUUGCCUAAAUUAUUGACUAAGGCAUAUUUCUUGACUUUUCUGUUGAUUCUGUAGGUCAUAAGAUCUAUGUCUGGUUUGCCAAAUCGAUGAACAAUUUUCAGAAUCGUCUUAGGUGUGAGUGACCAAAUCUCCCUUUUUAAUAUUCCUGCUUCGUGCAUCUGCAAGGAUGUUAAUCUUCUCUUUGAUAUGGACUUCCUUCAUAGAGUAAAAAUGGAAUUCCGCCAGCAGCAUUAUAUUUGCACAGAGAUUCCCCAGAGAGGAGGAAUCUCCUUGCUUGUUGAUAUAGGCCACUGUAGUGGCAUUGUCCGAGUGAAUCUGAACAUGUUCAUGCAGAAUGAGAUGUUUAAAACUUUAGAGACAUCCAUACUGCUUUUUUAUUCCCUGAAGUUUGAAAAUCUUGUGGAAUCCCAAGUUGUCCACUGGCCUUUUGCAGACGUUUCCGAUGUAUUCUCAUCAGCCGUCUGCUGAAGCAUCUAUAGUAACAAUAUAUUGAUAUUUUCAGGAAUGUUCCCACCAAGUGAAACUUUUCAUUGUGUCUGGCCAAAAGUUGAUCUAGUGACGAUGCUCUCUAUUGCAGGUUUCUAAAAUGUUUCUCUGUAAUGGUCACAUUCUGACCUUUGCCCAGUUGACCGCUGGAAUGGCUUCUGUAAAGAGACACAGGACACUCAAUGCGUCUCUUAUAGUACAGGUUGUCAUUUUGUUUUUUUCCCUUAGAGUGGAUAAUACCACCCUUCUCGUUUUAUUUUAUUUUUUUUCUGUAGAAAGAAAAAUCUUCAUGAGAGCGUAAUCUAUAAUCAGACCUAGAAACUGAAUUCUAAUUGUGGUAACUAAUUUUAGAUUUUUGAGGAUUUAGAAUCCAGACAUGUUUUUCUAGGCACAUUGUAGCUUUUUGAAAUCUUGAAGACGUUUUGUUGAAUGAACAGUGGAAAAAAGCAAUGAUAUUGUUUUUUGCCGAAAUACAAAUUCUUAAAAAUGUUUUGCUUUCCUUUGCAAUGGGAAUAUUUGAGGAGAACUGGUGAAUUCUAUGUAAUAACCUCUUUUUAUAACUGAUAGGACCUAUUCGCCUGUUGUAAUAUCGUGCCAUUCUUCGAAAAACUCCAGUAGUCUUCCCAUUAUUGCCUUGGCAUCAGAAUUUUCACUCCUUUUGCUUUCCCAUGAACCUGCCUUUAUCUUUGUUCUUGUAAUGAAAAGGCAGAACUAGUCCUGUGAAAGGAUAUCUGUAAGGUGAUCUGUUCUUACAGUAGAAUCUCUUGUUCCAAUGAUCGUUCUUUUUCCCUUCUGCCAUCUGUUUUAGAUGACCAUCUCCUUGGGAACAAACGGUCUUCCCUGUUCGAAUGGCAUAUCGCAUAAGGAGUGUUUUGAUGUAGAGUCCACAGACUAUUCUCUCAGCCAGACUGCCAUCCUGCUACUGUCAAAGUGGAUUUGACUGCAAAUUUAAGAACUUGUGAAGUAGUCUGCCAAAAAAAUCAGACGCUAUUUGGAUAUUUUGCAAAAGUUUGACUGGAUCCUAUUUUUUUUUUUUUUUAUUUCCCCCAGUGAGUCUAACCAGGCACAUUGUGCCUUAACUAUGGAAGAUCCUAUAAGCAAGACCUUACUCUGUGCAGCAUUGGUUAGAAAACCAUUCUUAAAGCAGUUUCUUUACACUCCGGAAAAAUGAUACCCACAAAGUGAGGGUCCAAAGAGCUGUGUUACCGGGCCUUAGAGUGACCGGACAUAACAUAUUACAAAGUCAGGAAUACAGAGAUAAGGGUACACACAAAAACAAGCCAGGUCAGGGUAAUAGAAAUACACACGUCAAUAUACAAGCCGGGUCAGGAUACUAGAGGUUAACGGAGUCAAAACUAAGCCAAGGUUAACAACAGGAAAUCACAAGAGAGUCGCAGAAGCACUAAACAUGUUUUUAAACAGAAACAACAAUAGGGCAAUAAGGAAGGGUCUGAACAGUCUUUAAAUAGGUUCACAUGUUCUAAUUGGUCCGCGUCAUCUCUGCAUCACCAAACAGCAUAGGAUCGCCUAGAUGACGUGGUCUCUUUAAGGGUGGGCGUGAUAUCAACUUCAAAUUUAUUUACGGACGUGCCUGUACAACGAGCAGUGUUGGACCAACAGAGGAAGGCGUUCGCAGGACCAAAGGUAAGUCUACUUUAUUCCCUAUUGAGAACGCUCCCCGCAGCCUGAGGAUAGGAACAGUGUGCCCACAUGGUGCGUUUUGCUCAUGUGGAUCGAGGAGGGAAGCUACGCGGCACCAGAUGCAGGUAAGUCUGUGACUGUCCAUGGCACCCUUAAGUCUCCAAUAGGCUGAGUGGUCGUCUUGCCUAACUUUCAGGAGUCCUUCCAAUUUCUUGUUGUCUUUUUAAGAGAGAAUACAGUUUUAAAGUGUUUGAUAAUAUAAGCCUUCUUGUAAGGAUAUCUCCACUCUUGAAGCAUGAGAUCUUUAAGCUUCGGGUGGAACAAGGAGGAUUUCAUUUUCUUAUAAUUGUUCAGGUCUGAUUUAUCUUCCAUACACAAUGAAACUUCUUUAAUGAAUUUAUGUAAUAAUUCAUCGGGAAAUGCAAAAUCCUCAUCAGAUGAAGCAACAGAAUCAUCAGAAGACUUAUCUGAGGAAUCGGAACUUAAGUCUAAAGACUCUUCCUGUUUAUGCUUUUUAUUUUUGAGAGGUUCUUUGCCCCUCUCGGGGUCUGUAAACCCCCGUACAGUGCUUACAGAAGACUGAGCCACUUGAUUAUUCCUUUAUCUCAGGUUUGUUGGAGACUGGACUGAGGAAGAGGAAACCUUUCUUGGAUUUUUUGCUGCCUCUUUCAAACAAAUAUUACAGAUUUUCUUUUUAUACCCAUCAGGCUUUGUCUGACUGCAGGAUCUACAGAUAAUGUAUCUGGAUUUGUGGAGACAUUUUCCUUUUUCUACAGGUUUCUCAGAGGUUUCAGGAUUGGACAUACUAGAAAAGAAAAGGGGGGAAAAAAUUGCCCAACUAAACUAAACAGGGGACAAGAGGCCUAAAUAAAAGUAAUGGUAAGAAGUCUUUCCUUGUUAGACCUGAAGGGCUGCUGAGAAAGAGCUGAACAGCACCUGGCUGCCAGGUAAUUGUGUCUGGGUAUAUAAAGUCUCUAAGGCCUUCCUGUUUGAAUUUGGUGCCAAAGAGCCGAGCUAGCACUGUACAUGCUCGUGGCGUGUGAUCUCUCAGUGGAACGUAUCGGAACCAAUAUGUGUGUUCACCUGAAGAGCCUCCCAUCCGUGCGCUUGGACUCCCACACACGACACUGUAUCCAGCCUCCCAUGCAAUUUCUUUGCAUUAAAAAUCGUGCACACAUGAUUCCAGGGUAUGGGUGUAUGCACGAGUCCUGGCAUAAAAUAGUUAGUAACACGUGUAUAAGGUAAACUGUUAAACUAAAGUGUUUCACUAGCUGAAAUUAUUUCUUAGUGCUCUCACUGAUUCUUUCAGGGGUAAGAGGUAGAAUUUAUAGGUCUCUUCAGAUAACAAAAAGCCACUUCCAUUUUUAAGUUAUAUGGAGUAAAAUUGCACUGUAAUUUUGUGUACUGUAAAAAACAUUUGGCUUAAAUCAAACAAGCUUUCACCAUGCCAAGCGGAGACAUUUUAUGUGUGUGUUUAAAUGUCCAGUGUCAGAGCAGCAUGCCGUAACAGAGCAUUGUGGCAAACAGAGCAGCUCUGGCUGUGUGUGUAGGAGGCUGGCACCAUUGGUGACAGCUGUGAGCCAGCAUUUCAAGCUGCCAGCCGUUUCUGUCCAGUACGCAGUAAACAAUGGUGUUUAAUGACAUUUCAGGGUAAUCUAGAAACAAAAUAAUACUUGUACUUGGCUUUCCACAGGGGAUUCUUACAGUUACAGGAAAAAAAAACUCUUUUCUUCUCCACAUGAAACUGGUCUGUAGGAGCUACUAAUGGCUUAAUAUGCCUCUGCUGCCCACUGACUCAUGGACACUGCUAAAUAUAACGUGCCUGCUUGUCCAUUUAGAACAGAACGUGUUUGUGUAGGGCUUUUCUCUUGGCUGUUAGAACUGGCAAGAAGAUCCCUCUUGGAGAAUUGUGUAGGACGAGGUCCAUGUGGCUGUUAAUCCCAGGUGCAGGGGAAAGUGUGCAAGUGAUUUCUUUAUAAUUUAAAGACACAAAACUAAAUCCUAGAGAUGAAUUUAAAUUCUCAUUGAGGUAAAUGCUUCUCCAUGAUCUUCAGGCUUUACAAUGGGUUUGGGGGGGGGGGGUUGAAAAAUCAUAUGCUGUGAAUUUAGCAGGUAGAGCCCUACAUAAACUAUCUUUUUGAAUCUCUAUGGUUUCAUUCAGAGGCGGCUCUAGGUUUUAUGAGGCCUUGGGCAAGACUCAAACAUGAGGCCCCACUAACAAUAAAGUGAAAAAAUGGAGUUGCAAUACAUGCACACAUAUACACAUUGAUGCACUGUCUGACAGAAAGUAUCCUUGUGUGUAUGAAUGUAUGUCUCUGUGAGCAUGUUUGCGUUUUUGUCUGGGACUGUACGUGUAUGGGUAGCUGCUUGAAGUGUGUUGUGUGUAUGGGGGUCUGCCUAUGGCUGUUGUGCAUUGUGUUUAUGGCAAAGCUAUGUUUCCUGACUGUGUAUGAUGAAUGUCUUCAGCUGGUGACUGUGAAAAGGUGAGUAAAGGGAUACCAGUGGCAGGGAGGGCGUGUCAGGGUGAAGGGGGUAAAUGGGCCACAGUGGGGGGGUUGUGAGAGAGAAUUAGGGAGAGGGAGUAUGACAUGGUUUGAUAAGGGAGUGUGUCAGGGCAAUUUUUGGCAUGGUAGGAGGGACGAGUGUGACUGUCUUAUGGGGGGGGUUAGAGGCAUUAAUGUGAUCGGAUAAGUGUUGGCAGGGUUGGGGGUAGAGUGAGAGAAGGUGAGUGUGACAGAAUUAAGGUGGUUAAUUUGACAGGGUGAGUGUGGCAGAGUGAGGGCAGGUGAGUUUGGAGGGAGUGAGAUUAAGAGGAUUAGGAGUGGUUAAUGUGAGUUUGGAUGCAUGAAGAGGCUAACAGUGUGGGUGGGGGCAGGUUGGGAGUGAUGACCGUGUAGGGAGGGGUGACAGUGUGAGGGGAUGCUAACAGUGUGUCUGGGGAGGCCGACUGUGUGGGAGUAUGGUUGACACAACAUUGUUGUGGAUGAUAGAGUGUGGGGGGCAUGGCAGUGUGUGUAGGGGGUGACAUUGCAUGUGUGGGGGGUGAUCCUGUGUGUGAGGGGCAAUUCUGUAUGGGAUGGGGGGGGGAUUCUGUAUGGGAGCAGGGUGAUAUUCUGAGAGAAGGGGGUGACAGUGUGAGGGGAUGCUAACAGUGUGUCUGGGGGGCUGACAUGACAUAGUUGAGGGUUACAGUGUGUGUGAAAGGGGUGAUCCUGUGUGUGAGCGGGGUUAUUGUGUAUGGAAGGGGUGAUACUGUUUGUGUGUGAGGGGGGGUGGGCGAUGGUGUGGAGGGGGAUGGGUGCAAUGGUAUUAGGGAUUUGGAACUAAAUACCUUUUGUGUAUAUGUAUAACAUACACAGCCUGUGUCUGCCCAGUGAUUUAAAGGGGUUCUGUUACUUUUGCAGUUUUUGCUUUUAAAUUAAUUCUUCUUUUUUUUUCCUUUUUUUGUCCCUUAAUUUCUCGUUGGUUUUAGUUAUUUUAUGAUAAAGUAGGGAAUAAUACAAUGUCUUUAUUUUUUAGACAUAAAAUAUUAUUCAAAUAGGUCAUUAGCAUAAGUGUGCAGCCGCUUAUAUUUAACUAGUGCUCCAAACAAGCAGGCCAACUGCUAUCCAUAAAAUACAAGGGAAACAGCGGCUCACACUGAAGGAAAUAAAUUAAGCAGAAACAAGAAUAAAGAUAUAUUCAUUACAAGAAAAGGCUAUGGUAAUUACAAGUUUGCAAAGUAGCAUAUAUCGCCAUCUGCUAAAGAUAUGAAAUGUAAUUUCUCAUGAUUGUUUGUCUUUUUAUUACAGAUUUUGUAUGGUGGCUGUAUGUUUAAUUUCCAACAGACCACAUUAUUCCUUAUUUAGCAAUCUGCCCAAGAAUAGCACCUGGUUUUGACUUUAUAAAUCUCCCUCCCAGUUUUUAUUGGCUUUUUAUAAGCCUGAAGGCAAGGAGCACUGUUCUUUUUUAGCUCUUUACAUAUAAUAUAAAAUGUUUUCAUUAUUAUUAUCAUGAUUUCCCCUAAAUAAUGAGUGUCCCUGUUCUUUUUCCUUGUGUUGGCAGGUUGGAUUUGGGGAGCUGCCGUUUGACAGCACUGAUAACUUCAGCAGUUACCCAGAUGUGUGCUUCCAGAUUGAAAAUUACAAUUUCUUGUGUCACAAGGUACAAUAUGGAAUAAACCUGUGCACUCCAGCUCAGUCCAAUGUUUUCAAUGAUAUAAAUAAUAUACAUGCAAUGGUGUAAUAUUUUGUUCUCCCUGCCUGUAGUUCUGUUAUUCUCUUUAGUUCCCCCUCCCCCCCCCAUAUUCUGCCAAUUCUCUUUUAACUCUUGCACCUGUUUACAGUCUUUUUUCUGUGGCCGGAGCGACUAUUUCAAGGCACUGCUGGAAGAUCAUUUCUGCGAGAGCCAGGAGCUGCAAGCCGAACCAAGCAUCCCAGUACUCACCCUUCACAACAUCACCGAGGAGACCUUUCUGCGCAUCUUGUAUUAUAUUUAUAGCGAUGACACUGAGGUGAGCAUUUCUAUUAAGUACAGCCUCACACUUGCAUACAUUCUGCUUUUGUUCUCAAGUUGUUUAAAGGGCACUGUAAUUGGUCCAUGUGAUUGAAGUAGCUGUAUUAUCUCCAGUUCUUCUGUUCAAUGUUGCACCAUAUAAUGUGAAACAAGAGUCCCCAGCAGACUCUUCUUGGCUAUUGGCUACAAGUUUUGGCUGGCCUUUUUCAGCCUAUCACAGCUGGUAUGAAUUGGUAUUACCAAGGUUUUAUUUAAUCUCUGCAUUAGCCAUACCUCCAGUGGGCGCUGGGCUGUGGGUGGUCAGUCAGUGUCAGGGACUCUAUGCACUAUAACCAAUUUAAUGAGAUGAACUGGCUAUAGUACCUACGGUGUCCCUUUCAAGCUAGUACUCUAGAGCAAAACGUUGGUAAAGGAAGACCUGGCACCAAUUGAUCAGUUGAACUUUCAUUUUAAUGUCUUGUGGCAACAAGCUGAAUAAAGGAGUGUGGAAACAAUUUGUAUACCAUGAAAUAAUAAAUGACCGUUUUGAAUCAAUCUUUGCCCUACCUUCUGUGUGUGGAUAUACAAAAUGGAAUCUCUGCUAUUACACUUAUUUCAGAUCAUAUUUUGAAAUACUGAAAGAUUAGAUAUCUUAUUAUGUAAGCAGGUUUACAUUUAAUCCAGAGAGGUUACAUUUGUUCACAGUUGAUAUAUUGUAGCAUGACAAAACAUUUGAGUUCUGUUUGUUUGCAGGGAGCAGAAGGCAUAUAUAAAUCUAAAGUUCAUAAAUUUUCAGAUUCAAAUAAAACAAAACAUUUUUAGACUAUUAAUUGUAAUUUUAAAAACAAAACGCAGAAUUUUAAAAACAAAACACUUAUCCUAUGUCUCUGUUCUUUAAACCUGAAAGGUAAGUCAUAUGCAACCUCUAGGUCCUCCUGUACUAAAACAUAAAGCGUGGCUGAGUAAUAUGAUCCACCUAUUGGUUAUAAGCAUCAGCCAGCAGGUGGCAGUAGGAAGUUAUACUAGAGAUUUGGAUGGGUCCAAGCUCUAACUAUAGUUUCAUUCCAAGGAACAUUGCAGGUGGACCUUUUUGUUCUAAUGCUAAUUUUUUUUUUUGGUUGAGUUAGUUCGGAGCAAAUGUGGAAAUCAAAAGGGAUAUACCUAUUUGUUUUGUAGUUUGGUGAGAAUUAAAAAACAAAAUAGUCUAUAAAGAAAGGAGCAUAUAGAAUAUAACAGCUGAUGUAUACAGUGGGAGAAACUUCUGUCACAGUUUUCAGAUGUAUCAAAGAAUAAACAAAAUAAAUGUCCAGUACUCCUUAUUGUGAAUAGAUGAUAUCCCUUUAUUGACAAAACAGCAACAUUAUGACUGUGUGUCUUUAUCACAUUGCUUGUUAAAGACACACACAUCUUUUCACAAUAAGGAGUGCUUGACCUCUUUUUUUUUUUUUUUUUUAAUAUUUGAUACUUAUCCGGAAUGGUGGAGCCAGAGUCAUUGCACCCUUAAGAAAAAGAAAAGUGAAUGGCCUCUCAUACCAUUAUUAUUUACGGUUUUCAGAUGUGGAACUCUAUAAUAAGGGACAGAUGUGGAGAUUUAACUAAAAUGUAUUUUGCAGUUCCUGCUUCUGUAGCCUUUUUCUAUGUCUUUGUGAUGGAACCUACUCUCCCCUUCUAGUGGGUGCUUUGAUUGUCUCCUUUGACAGUGUCCCAGAGAUAGGCACUACAAUCCUUCAUUGUCACAUACCAACCAUCGAACGUCUGUGUGCCGUACAUAGAGAUUUAGGGGCUAAGCUCUUGACUAUGAGACCUUUUUUUGAUAACAUUGAACUACUGAAAAUGGACAACCGCUCAAAUAACUUGCUCUUCCUUGGGUCCCUGCUCAGAUCUGGAGCUGUUCUUAGCUCAUCUUGUGUCAUUACAAAGCGAAGUCUUGCUCAUUCGCAUAUUACACAGAUCCCAACCAAAAGGAUGGUCCAGAGAAAAAAAAAAUGCAGGCUGGCUCUUACUGCGCGAGAGAUACAGCAAAACAAGGUGAUUGUUUUUGCAUUAUUAGGCCUCUUCAGUGAGAUAUAGCAUAGUGAGCAAGGGGUCCAUGUCUGCAUUUCCUUUAAACUUGGGAAACGCCAAUAGAACAGGGUGCAAGAGAAUAGUGAGAAUGGACAACAGUUCAAAUAACCUGCUCAUGGCGCAUAGAGGAAUAUCGGCUAUAACUCAAUGACGGGGCCUAAUGAGAGCGAAAUGAUUGUCUGUGGUUGCUGUAUCUCUCGUGCAGAGAGAGAUGGUCUGUGUUUCAUAUCUUGGCCACGCUUUUGGGUGGGAUCAGUCUGAUAUACUAAUUACCUAGGUUCUCAAUAGCCUGAGAUCUGGGGGACCCAAAGAAGGGAAAGCUACUUGAGCUGUUUUCUGUUCUCAGUAUUCUCUUGCUUUUUUUAAUUUAUUUUUUAUUUCUGUAAAUUACCAGAGAUCCGUGUUGGCACUUAUGAUUAAGUAGUUAAAUCUACAAACAUCCAAUGGUGGGUGAAAGACCUAACUCUUUACUAUCCUUUUACAUGAUUUCUUUGUCUUGAAUAAACAUCUAUGACUUUAUAUUCUGACAUGAUUUUCUCUUGCUGAUGAAAUAUAAUUUUCUAAUGCUUUCCCAAGUAAAUACAUUUAAAUGCCGAUCUUGUGCCUUAGCUAUCCCCAGAGAAUGUGUAUGAUGUGCUUUGUGUGGCUGACAUGUACCUACUGCCUGGCUUAAAACGCCUCUGCGGGAAGACUUUAGCACAGAUGUUGGAUGAAGACAGUGUUAUUGGCAUCUGGAAGGUGGCAAAGCUCUUCCAAUUGACACGACUGGAGGAUCAAAGCACUGAGUACAUGGCCCGUGUAAUAGAGAAGGUAAGGAGACCAUUCUAGAUGUUUUGGAUAGUGACCAAAUAGUCCCUCAGUUUAUAUGCAAUACUAAUUACAUUCUUAUAAUCUAUUUGCAAGAAGUGUAAUGCAAUAUGCAUUGUAUAUAAAGUGCAAAGUUAUGUGUCCAAGGAGGAUGACCCAUUGUAGUUACCUUUUUAUUGUAAUGUUUUGUUCCUAGGUCACUUAGUCUCUCUCUCUCUCUCUCUCUCUCAUUUCACAGUUGGUUGAUUCUGAGGAAUUUGCAGGUGCAGUCCAAGAAGAUGCACAAGCUGUUGAAAAACGUCAAGAGACUGACUCCAUCCCACUGAUUGAUGACAUCCGCUUCCAUAUAACAAGCAACGUGCAAACCUACAGCGCCAUAGAGGAGGCUAACCAGAGACUUGAGGCCUUAGAGAAUCUGUUGGCUAAUUUAGGGCUUGAAUGCUAAGCAGCUAUACAAACUAUUACGCCACUAUAUCCUGGCAGCUUGAGGGGGGAGGGGUGGGUGUCUUAAAUCUGAAAAUGUGUCAUGGACUUACGUGUUGGAAUCCAGUCCCAUACUUCAAGAUCAGUGAAGGGUUAUGGAUCCUGUCCUCCCAAGCGGCUUUUACAUAGAUACCUCAAGUCAUUUUAUUUACCUGUAUCUUACAACACCAUGAAAUAAACACACGUAGAGCCCGAAACAUAAUGUACAUCAGCUGUUCUGAUAUAGCCAUGUGUUCUGAUUACCCAGUGCUACACAGAUUGCUGAGCCCUUACUAAAGUGGCCUACUGCUGUGUAGUUUAAUGAAGUGCAAGUAGUUUCAUAAUCAUAUAAACUUUACAAGUCUAUGAGGUUUACAAAGCAUUUUCCAUAAGUAUAGAAAGCAUUCUAGCCAUGGUUGUUUUUGUGUCAAAGGACACACGAAGGUUGUUUUGUGCAGUCCAUCAGAGGGGAUGCUUUGCAUUGCUUGCUCUUGUUACUGAGUGAAAUGUAGCAUUUGACAUGCACACUGCUUUUGUUAUGAAAGCGAUAAAUACAGCUGAAUUCAUGCAGUGUGAGUUUUAUUCAAGGAAAUAAAUAAACCAACAUUGCAUCAAUCCAAGUUUGGAGCAAAAGUAACAGCUCAUCUGUUGAGACAGGUGGGAGUUGUAAUGCAAAAAUGUGGAGAGCUUUAAGUUUCCCUGAAUAUGCUAUAGUUUCUACAUGCUCAUUAAUGGUUAAGCACAUCCUACUCUGUGAUUGUAUGAUUUAUGGGUUAUAAUUGUCUUUUUAAAGGGACAGUUUAGGCACUAUAACCUUAUCUAAAUAAAGUUAUGGUGCCAGGAUGCCAAUAAGCACUCUUACCUCAAAGGAUUAAACCGUUCUCGAACAGUUCUACCCCAAAGUGGCCUCCAGUGCCAAUCUCAACUCCCCCCAGGAGGCAAGGGGCUUCUGAAAUUUCAGUUUUGGUAAACGCAGAGUCUCGCCGGACAGGGAUGCCGCAUAAUGGCUGAGAGAUGUCAGAUGAUGGGAGGAGCGGCGGCAACCCGAAACCACCGCCGAGGGACAUCAGCGGGGGUCUCAGGUAAGUCACUGAAGGGGUUUUCACCCCUUCAGCAACCGGGGAUGGGUGGUGGGAGGGAGAGGGGACCCGCAGUGCCAGGAAAACAGAUUGUUUUCCUGGCACUGGAGAGUCCCUUUAAAUUAGAUUACUGGAACACCUUUAAAAAUUUUUAUUAAAAUUCGCCAUUAAGCUUACCUUUUAUUCCAGUGCUGGUACAGUCUCCUAAGUCACUUCAUGCCAAUAUUCAUAACACAAUAUAAUUUCCUUAAGUCCAACUGCUCCUUAAACACCACUUCUUGAUUAAUAAGAGUACAUCUCCCCAUGUAGUAUAUAAUCCUUAAGCAUAAUGUAGUGUUAUACAUAGUAUGCAGAAAAUAAAACCAAAGUUUAGUUUUUAUGUAACCCAGUUUAAGUUUCUGACCAUUAAAGUAAAACCUCUUCUGAGCCUUUACUGGAACCUUACAAUAAAGUGUCUUAGGCAAAAAUGGGAAAGGCAGAAAAAGCACUCGGAACCUGAUGCGUUUACAAUUUAUUAUUAUAAAACUUUAAAAGACCAAAUAUUCACCCCACUAACUGCAUUCUUUCCCACCUACACAACCAGCGACUUCAUCCUACUCAAUUAGUUCACUUUGUUCCCAAAUCAGACCUAACUUGAAACACACAACUACACAAUCAGAAUUGCGAAGAUGGAUAACACACUAACACACUUUCCAUCACUGACCUAUCAUAUACUCCUAAAACCAACCAUCGAGUUGCUAAACUGUGUCUAACAGCUUCUUAUCAGAAAAUGCUCUUAGAGAUCUGGCCAUGCAUAUUUCUCGGCUAGCUGCCAAAAAUGUUGGACAAAGGGAGCAGGCCUAUAAUCAUUGUUUUUCGAGAUGCACAAAGAUUAAGGUAUUCUGGGAGCAAGUGGACAAUUGUAUAACACAAUAACUAGGUACAGUACAUCAUUUCAGACUUCUCCGUUGUUGACAACAUAACAGCAGAAUUGUUUGUCUUAUUUUAUUUCCUUACAUGUAUUAUAUACGGUAUUCAUAUAAACGUCUUGCAAAAUGUAAUACCUACACUACCAAACUUGCUAUGUGUAAUACAAUAAUUAUGACUACCUUGCUUAUGAAUAUCACUGCUAAAUGGCAAUAAAAUGUUUGAAAGUAAAGUGCCUGAAGCACCUGACACACAGGCACCAUCUGCUAGACCUGCAGCCUGUUGGCUAUAAAGCUACAUUAGAGGAUUACACUGCGCAUCAGAUCCAGUACAAAAAGAUGCAAUUUUUAUGAUACUUUGAGGAACUGUGCCCUAUUCUGUAGUAAUGGCUAACUCCGCGUGGGAGGAGUGACUGCAUGGAGGCCUUGAAGAGGGAGAGCCGCAAGGAAAAGGUAAGAAACAGGAGGGUGACUGAAAAAUGAGAUGUAUGUAUGAAUGUCUGUCUGUAUGUGUGUGCGUGCCUGUAUGUCCUUAUGCGCGUGUGUAUGUAUGUUAGUAUGUGUCUGUCUGUUUCAGUGUCUGUGCAUGUAUGUAUGUAUGUGUGUGUGUAUAUCUUUGUCCUUUUGUAUCAGUGCGUGUGUUUGUGUCUGUGUGUGUAUUCCUGUGGGCGGGAUUUGGAAGCAGUCCCUGUGGGCGAGCUUGGUGAUGGGCCCCCGGGGGCCCACACCCUGAGCUGAGUUAGGGGCCCCAAAAUUUCUGAUGGCGGCCCUGCCCAUCAUUGAUUCAAAACCCUUGGAGAUUUGUGGAGGAUGGAUCUGUGGGAAUGACCAUUUAAAAUACAGAUUCCAUAUUCAUUAGAUGCAUUUUCUAGAGAUUCUAUUAGUUUUUUUCACCAGCAGAACUGGGAACAAACCUAUAGAUAAAAAAAAAAAUUAACCUCCCCCAUCUGUCGUUAUCAAUUUCGUUCAUAUGCCUUUAUGAUGGGAUUGUCAGCAUGUCAGAGCGAUACGGGAGACGCAUCCUGACAGGCUAACUAAAUAGUGCCGAUCUGAAAAUCAGACAAGCAGCAAUAACUUGGAGAUAUAGCUACUGGUAUCAUGGAAGCUGCAAGAAAAUUGGUAAAGGGAGCAGGUAUUUUAUUAAUAUUUUGUAAUAAAUGACAGCAUCCUAGCAUCAUAAAAUGUUACCUACAUAAAAUAACUUAUACAAGCCACGCUCAUCAUCUCCCAAUGUGCAAGCUAUAUUCCAGAAAAAUCCAAAACAAUUAUGUUCUUUCUUUUUUUCUUUCUUUCGUUUUUGUAUUUCUUUACAUUUUAAUUAACAAAUGAAAGAUUUCACACGUUUUGCGAUGGCUGGUUUUUCAUACACUUUUUACUAUUCCUUUAAACACCAGAUGUCCAUGUUGUAUGUAACAUUAAUAUACUUUAACAUGGAAACCAGUUAAUCAAAAAGUGAUCUGCCUUGAUAUAAGGGACCAGACAACCACAACUAACUCGCUAACUAGACUUUUUUCCAAUUUGGCCAAUUUCGCCUAGAAUUUGAAAUUCACGAUGAAUUGAUAACAAUGCACACAUUAAUGCCAAACUAUGACUAUAGCUGAGAUGGAAAAUAUUACCAAAUCGACUUCUUUUGCAAUUCGGAUUUCAAUUCUAUAUAAUUCAGAGCGUAUUGAAUGGCUUUUAGAGCGACUAUACUAGAAAUUAAAGGGACACUAUAGUCACCAGAACAACUACAGUUUAUUAAAU